AACAACUGAGAUGUAUAGAGAGAGAGAACAAAUAAUUAGUGAAGAGUAGAGAAAAUGAGCAAAGAAAAAGACAAGGAGAGAGUAGCUUCUCCUACAUCUUACGGCACGUUUCAAGGUGUCCCUACUUAUCCACCACCGUUGCAUCCUCGUCCUCCGCAGCAUCAUCCGGUCUCCGGAUUCCCUCAGCCGUCUCAGCCUCCCAGAGCAACUCAUCAUGACCUUUCCGUUCAUCAAUACAUUCAAGAACAUCAAACCGUUCCUGGAUAUGAUGUUGCUGAAGGGAGACAUGGAAGACGAGAACGUCUUCCUUGUUGUGGUAUUGGAAUCGGUUGGUUCUUGUUCAUAACCGGUUUUCUCCUUGGUUCAAUACCAUGGUACAUAGGAGUAUUCAUUCUAGUAUGUGCUAAGAUCAACCCACGAGAGAAACCAGGAUACAUAGCUUGCGCCAUCGCUGCUGUUCUUGCUACUAUUGCCAUAGUGUUUGGUUUCAUGGGAGGAAGAGAAGUCUGGUCGUGAAAGUGUAUCAUCAUCAACCGAGAAAACUAUACAAAUGUUCAUCAAGUCGUUAUUCUUUUGUAAUUAAUAUGAUUUAAGUCCUUGUAUUUGAACAAUCUCUUUUACUUGCAUUGACUUGUAAGAGGAGUUGUGGUUAGGCAGAGGACUGAAUAAAGGUCAAAAGUACUUUUCUUUCAC